AUGGCAUCCCGGAGACUCGCUCUCAACUUCCACCAGGCGGUGCGCUCUCGCAGCGCGCUGCAGGCCGUCCAGCGCAGCAGGCGAGGUUUUGCGUCUCCAGUCGCUGGCUCGACACAGUCAACUACACUGUCCAAUGGCUUGACGAUUGCUACUGAAUACUCUCCAUGGGCUCAGACCUCGACCGUUGGUGUAUGGAUCGAUGCUGGAAGCAGGGCUGAGACUGACCAGACCAACGGAACCGCUCACUUCCUGGAACAUCUCGCCUUCAAGGGCACCAACCGACGAACCCAGCACCAAUUGGAGUUGGAAAUUGAGAAUAUGGGUGGACACCUCAAUGCCUACACAUCGGAUUUGUUCUAA